GGAAGGACGCGACACGUCACCAGGGGCGGCCCUUUCUCCGACUAGUGACCUACCAAUAAUCUCGUUCCCCAGUAAUUUCCCCACGCGCGGCGAGAGAACAAUCUGAACGACAAAUAAUAACCUCCAAACGUCGCUGUCAAAUUUGCCGUUUCCUCGCCGAGUUCACGCUGCGCGUACAAGUUUUUCACAGCACUCGAGAUGUCGUCCGUCAAGCUGCUGGAGGACAGAAUUGCCAAUUUGGAGAAGCAAGUGUACGGGCUCGGCAAGACGUUGAGCAUCGACGAUCCAGCGCCGUCGAACGCCCUCGUCGACCGGCUCACGGACGUCAACUCGUUGAUUAAUUCGGCAAUAUCGAACAGAGAGAAACCGAACGCGCUUAUCAAGCGUCUGCCGGAGUUGAACGGGUACCUGGAGCCCAAUUCCGAGGACGUCGAUAUGCCCGCGAGCGCCAAGGCGCAGCUGUUGCUGACAAUGGAGCCGGAGAUCAGGGAGAUCCACGCGCUGUUGACGAAAGUGCAGGAACUCGCGCCUGUGUUGGAGUCGGAACGUAUAAAAAAUGCGCCGGAAUUGAAUAGCACGUUUAACAAGCUGUCGCUGUCGUAUCUCGAGGCUUACGAGGAUUCCAAGGAGCUGAACGCUCAUGUGCACGAUCUGCUGUCUAAAUAUAACGCAGUUAUAAAUAGUAUAUCGGAAUCAUUAAUUAUUUUAGAUAAUGCGGUUACAGCUGCAGAAGUAGCGGCUAUGCCGAAGAAGCAGACGGAUGAUUAACGAGACAAUUGUCCGCGGUCCACUUAAAUGUAGCAGUUAAUUUUUAUAUCGCGUUUUUAAUGGCGUCAAUAUUUUUCAAUUUUGGCUCUUGAUUUCUCAUAGUGCAGAUUCACUUUUAUCCCUUAUCUUUUAACUUAUUUAUUAUAGAGAAGUGUUUUUAGAGGAGCGAAUUUCGGUUCAGCGGUUUGGAAAGGAAAUGUCAGACCUUUUUAAAAUACAUUUAUUUACCAUUUUUACUUGAAAUAUAAAAAUACGCAUUCAUCAGUGGAUUACGUAUAUACGUGAAACAUACUUUGUCGUUUAAUCUCUAUAACAAUGCAUUUUAUUAAAAAAUAGUAAUAUAUUAUAUACAUUUAUCCUAACUACUGUUUAUAAUUCUAUCCAUGGUUCAUUUCAGGAAUCCUCAUUUAGGAUCUCUGAGACAAACUGUUGAUUCGUAUAUAAUCGAACAUGCAUUAUGUAUCGGUCUCUCGCGUUAAAUAAUUACCUUACAAUUGGUGUGUAUAAAGUGUACUGGAAAUAUUGAAGAUAUCACAAAGAUAAUUAUUUUUUAAUUUUUCGGGCGGGGCAAUAAUGAGUUUAUACGUGUAAAUAUAGUAAUAAGUAGAAAUUUUGAAAUACGUGGAGUAUGUAAAAAAUGUAUCUUUAAGAGACCCGUUACACUAAUAAAUUCUUAUACCACAUUAUCCAUAAUAAACAAUUGCUUUAUACAGUA